CGGCUCUGUCAACAUGGCAGCGGCGCCGGGCGGGCGGCCGCGCUGCCUCCUCUGGGCGGCAGUGGUUGCACAUGUGGUGGCGUCAGGUGCGGGCUUUGUGGAGGAUCUAGAUGAGUCGUUUAAAGAAAACCGUAAAGAUGAUAUCUGGCUUGUAGAUUUUUAUGCACCUUGGUGUGGCCACUGUAAGAAACUGGAACCUGUGUGGAAUGAAGUGGGCAUAGAAAUGAGAAACAUGGGUUCUCCAGUAAAAGUUGGGAAGAUGGAUGCAACUUCCUUUUCUAGUAUUGCAUCUGAAUUUGGAGUGCGAGGCUAUCCAACAAUUAAGCUCUUGAAAGGUGACUUGGCAUACAACUACAGAGGACCUAGAACCAAAGAUGACAUAAUUGAAUUUGCUAAUAGAGUGGCAGGACCUCUCAUCAGGCCUCUUCCUAGCCAGCAUAUGUUUGAGCAUGUGCAAAAGAGACAUCGUGUACUUUUUGUGUAUGUUGGUGGUGAAUCUCCUUUAAAGGAAAAAUACAUUGAGGUUGCUUCAGAACUAAUAGUUUAUACAUACUUUUUUUCUGCCUCAGAAGAUGUGCUGCCUGAGUAUGUGACGUUGCCUGAAUUGCCUGCAGUUAUGGUCUUCAAAGAUGGAACUUACUUUGUUUAUGAUGAAUAUGAAGAUGGUGAUUUGUCAUCCUGGAUAAACAGAGAAAGAUUUCAAGGUUACCUUCAUGUCGAUGGCUUUACGCUGUAUGAACUUGGAGAUACAGGAAAACUUGUGGCUAUUGCAGUCAUUGAUGAUAAAAACUCUUCAGUGGAGCAUACCAGAUUAAAGUCUAUUAUUCAGGAAGUUGCCAGAGAUUAUCGGGAUCACUUUCACAGGGAUUUCCAGUUUGGCCAUAUGGAUGGAAAUGAUUACAUUAAUAGUUUACUAAUGGAGCACAGGGUGGUGAUGGACUUCUGCAACGAAUCAAGAGAAUAAUCUAUGAUGCCAAGUCUACUAUAGUGUCUGUGUUCAAGAGUUCACCGCUGCUGGGAUGCUUUCUCUUUGGGUUGCCCUUGGGGGUCAU